AGAGGAGCUCAAAAGGCAGCAUCAGCUGGGCUCAAACCAGAUGGAGGCUGGACGAUGGGCUCGUCUGCCUCCUGCCGCCGCCUAACAACACAGGGGCGAUAACACACGCACACACAGAACCGAGGACUGCGGGUAUCUUCACAACGCUGGACUCUGCUAGACAUGUACAUACCGGUACCCGUGAGCUAAAGUCUGUCAUGAGUCAAAGUGCAGUUUUGCCAGCGGCUCGGAACCAUAUGUUUAGCUAAACGAAGUUUGACAGGCUAACGUCAGGUUUAGCUAUUCUCAAGCAGCUAGCUCCGGUGCUGGCUACAAGCGCCGCCUGGCAGUAGCAGCUAGGUUAAGUCAACGCCAGAUUGUGAGAGUCGCUAGCCUUGUGAAGUUGCCCGUCAAAUGAUUGUUUCCAGCUGGCUAACGGCGUUAGCCUCCUCAGCCUGAGUUGUCAACCGGUUUCUAGCUGGGUAACGUUGCAGACUGUGCGCAUAUCUCCACGAUCUGCUCACUCACUCUGUUUGGGGAAUGACAAGCUGAAGCAAAUGGCUUUUACUCUUUAAUUAGCCAUUUAAGCUAGCGAUGCGUACUACAUCAUCUCAGAAUAACGUUAGCUCGCCGGCGUCGGAUUAUUGCACUUUGUGGUACAACUGUGCCCUGCUCAGCGGCGUCACUCGUAGCAUUUCGCAUAAUGAGUGAUCAUUAUGUAAAAGUCAAGGUUCAACUCGAGCAAAUGAAAUCAUUCGGCGAGGAGGCAGAGAAAGAGGGUGUGGAUACUGAGGAGCAGCUGCCAGUGUCUUUCCCCCCUGCCUCUGUCUCGCCGGACCCUUCCAGCAUCACCAUAGCUGCAGGGGAUGAAUCCAACACUUCCAUCACUUGUAAACAUACAGGUAAAAGUCGUAAUAACCAGGGAAAGGAUGACAAGAACUCCUGUGGCAAAGACAUCUCAGAUCUGUCAUUGUAUGGUUCUGUGGUUUCUGCUCAUGUUGGAAAAAACUUGAAUAGACUAGGGCACGAGCGGACAGUUCACACCAAGGGAAGUGGAAAGAUACUGCAGGGCAAGUCCAAGACUAAUGGGAACUAUGUGACCAUCCAUGCAUCCAAAAACAUCCAAGAGACACGCCGUGAGGACGGAUUCAAACUUGCAAGGAAGAGAAGACCAGUGACAGUGGAUACAUCGAAAGCCAAAACCUCCUUGGAGGCUCUGAAGUUAAGCAUCAAGCAGCUAAAGUGGAAAGAGUUUCCUCUGGGAAGGCGAACAGCCUGUGAUAUCUACUGGCAUGGCGUCUCCUUCCAUGAUAAUGAAAAUAUCGUCUCGGGGCAGGUGAACAAGUUCCCAGGAAUGAUUGAAAUGCUGAGGAAGAUAAAUCUGAGUCGGGCAGUGCGGACUCUGCAGGAACUGUUCCCAGAAGAGUACAACUUCUAUCCCCGUUCCUGGAUCCUGCCCGAGGAGUACCAGCAGUUCUCCACACAGAUUCGCAUGGUGAAGGAGAACGAUGCCACAGUGAAUCCCACCUUCAUUGUCAAGCCAGAUGGGGGCUCUCAGGGGGACGGCAUCUACCUCAUCCGGGACCCCAGUGACUUAAAGCUUGUGGCGGGUUCACAGGCCAAACAGUCUGUAGUCCAGGAGUACAUCCAGAAGCCGUUACUCAUUGACAAGCUCAAGUUUGAUAUCCGCCUCUACGUACUGAUAAAGUCUAUGGAGCCAUUGGAGAUCUACAUUGCCAAGGAAGGCCUGACACGUUUUUGCACUGAGCCCUACCAGGAGCCAAGCCAGAAGAAUCUGAGCCAUGUCUUCAUGCACCUGACAAACUACUCCCUCAACGUCCACAGCGGCAACUUUGUCCACUCAGACAGCCAGAGCACAGGCAGCAAGCGCACUCUCUCCAGCGUGCUCUACAGGCUGGCAGCUAAAGGUGUAGACAUCAAGAAGGUGUGGUCGGACAUCAUCGCCCUUGUCAUCAAGACUGUCAUUGCCGUGGUGCCUGAACUUAAAGUCUAUUAUCAGGCGGAUAUACCGCCUGGCAAACCAGGACCCACAUGCUUCCAGAUAUUAGGUUUUGACAUCCUGCUGAUGAAGAACCUGAAACCAGUUUUACUAGAGGUCAACUCCAACCCCAGUAUGAGGAUAGAACAUGAACAAGAGGUAGCACCAGGUGUUUUUGAAUAUGUUCCCAGUCCUGUGGAUGCAGAGGUCAAAGUGGGUGUGAUCAGGGACACACUGCGCCUUAUGGACCCUGGCCACAGGAAGCCUUCAUUAAGUUCCCAACAGAGGGCUGGUGGGUUUGAACAUAGAGAGGAGAUUCCCAUGGAAGCAGACAGACAAGAGAGGAGCCCGGAUGAAGGAGCUCUGCCCUCACUAUGUCUGAAGCAGGUCUACCCCAAGUACACCAAACAGUUCAACUACCUGCGGCUGGUGGAGCGAAUCGCAGCUCUGUUCAUACGCUUCCUCGGGGUCAAGGGCAACAUGCGUCUGGGCCCCACUUCCUUCCGAACCUUCAUCAGGACCUGUAAGCUGAGCAACAGUAACUUCACCAUGGCUUCAGUAGACAUCCUCUACAUAGACAUCACACGUCGCUGGUCGGGAACAAUGCCUGAUUCUAGAGAAGCAGGGAUGGGACUACAAGCAUUUGUGGAAGCCUUUUUCUUCCUGGCAGGUCGCAGGUUCAAAUCCCUGGCGAUGAGGGAGCAGGUCGUGUCGCUGCUGGAGCUGUGCGAGGCCCAGCUCGAGUCCUCGUCGGGCGUGGAAGACAGACGCUCCGUGAGCUGCAGCCGAGCGCUGCCGCGAGCCGUCAAGACUCAGACGCCGGGCCUCACCAACCCUCAGCUCGGCUCCCCGGCUCCCCUGCGAAGGGCAGCCAGCCAGGACUACCGGCUGCAUCAAAGACUCAAGCCUCGCACACUCAGGGCCAACGUGGAGAACUGAUGAGAGAGGCCUUCAGCUACUCAUCCAACUCCCAAGCACUGCCUUUAGCCUUCUCCACAGGAGCAGGGAAAUUAGCUGUUCAUCUCUCCUCAACUGCCCCCGCAAAGGUGGGAUGAUGGGAGCUGAGAGAAGGACUAGCUUGACCCCUGCUGGCUGACUUGCAGGAGGACAGUUCUCAGCCUGAUUGCUUUUUCUUCAGAGGAGGAAGAUGGCUGCAGGGGGUUUGGAGUGGAAGAAGGAGGAGGAAUACAAGGGGGUUGGUGCAUUUCUUCCUCCCCUCCUGGUGUGAUCGUGUGUGAACCGCGUGGUCCAGUCAGGAGGAGGAUAUGGCUGCUUUUAAUAAUAUAACUGAUUCUACAGGGCAGCUAUUUGCUUCCCCUCACCUUUGUCAGGCAACACACACACACGGAAACAAACUUUCUUUUCAGGGAUAACAUUGGAUGCUCCACUUCAAUAGAUUUACACUAAUCACAUACAAAUAAAUAGGUAUAAAGGUGUGUCCUUAUUAUGUGUAUUUUAUUCUUGAAUUUGCACAAAAAUGCUUUGAACUAUUACAUUUGCACAGAAGCUGAAGUGAGGGUGACUGAGUAUUUGUGUGGGCAUAUUGUAUAUGUUUGAGUGUGUAUGUACUGUACUGUAUUUAUUUGUGUUUAGUUCAAUGGUGAAAGUCUAUUUAAAGCUGGUGGCUCAGCUGUGCGUCCUGGCUCCAUGAGCCCAUUAGUGAUGACUUUAGUGAAUAAGUAUUCAAAGGUAAAAAGGCCACGCCGCCACUUAUCCUCUUUCAGUUCUGCAGCUAUUCCAGUCCGGCAAGUUCUUUAGCUACACAACUGCCAUGGGGAUGCAACUAUUUCGUAAGUAAUUGCAUAGCACAAAGUUUCACAAUUUAGA